AUGUGCUGCGAUGAGCAGUCGCCGCGGUCCCCGGCAGCGGUGGCCCGGCCCCGGGAAGCCCUGCUUGCCCAGCUCCGGCUUUCCUGCGGGGCCAGACGGGGCUUCCAGCGUCAGGGGAAACCCUGGUGUGGUGCCAACUGCCCUGCACCAGCCUUCCUUGGCAGUCUUGGGCUCGCUGAGAGCAUCCGCGUACUCCGUGAAGUCUUGCCGGCACGAAAGCUGCGUGUGGCCUCAAAAUAUUAUGGCCAGACAUUAUUGACGGAAGUUUACAAGCAUCUGAAUUUGAUUGAAUCCGACUACUUUGGGAUUGAGUUCCAGAACAUCCAGUCGUAUUGGAUUUGGCUGGAGCCUAUGAAACCUGUUAUUAAACAAGUACGGAGACCAAAGACUACAAUGCUUCGUCUAGCUGUGAAGUUUUUCCCUCCGGACCCGGGGCAGUUGCAAGAGGAAUAUACUAGGUACCUGUUCGCGUUGCAAAUCAAGAGGGACUUGGCGGAGGAACGGCUGACCUGCAGCGACAACACGGCCGCUCUCCUGGUCUCUCACCUUCUGCAGUCUGAAAUAGGGGAUUUCGAUGAAUCAGAGGAUCGAGAACACCUUAAAACAAACCAAUAUUUGCCAAACCAGGAAAGAAUCGAAGGAAAGAUUCUGGAGUUCCACAGAAAGCACGUGGGUCAAACUACUGCUGAAUCGGACUUCCAAGUGCUUGAAAUUGCUCGGAAGCUGGAGAUGUAUGGCAUCAGGUUUCACCUUGCCUCCGACCGCGAGGGCACCAAAAUUAACCUGGCUGUUUCACACAUGGGCGUGCUGGUAUUCCAGGGCAAUACGAAAAUCAAUACUUUCAACUGGUCGAAGGUCCGUAAACUAAGCUUCAAGAGGAAAAGAUUCCUUAUUAAACUCCACCCAGAGGUCUGUGGCCCGUAUCAAGAUACUUUGGAGUUUCUCUUGGGAAGUAGGGAUGAGUGUAAAAACUUCUGGAAAAUCUGCGUUGAAUAUCACACGUUCUUUAGGCUGUUUGAUCAGCCAAAGCCAAAGGCUAAAGCAGUCUUCUUCACCAGAGGGUCAUCAUUCAGAUACAGUGGACGAACACAGAAGCAACUAGUUGAUUACAUUAAGGACAGUGGGAUGAAGAAAACGCCGUAUGAAAGGAGGCACAGCAAAGCCAGAGCAUCCACUCGUGCUUCCAACGCCGACGUGCCAAAACAGAGUGUCCCAUUCACUGAGGGCUUGAGAACGCCGGGGUCUCCGGCCUCAGCAGCUACCCCCUUCCACUCAGUUCGCUCAUCGUCCACUCCUGCUCCUGCCCUGCCCAUGUUUGCAGAAGCCAGCCCUUCCUCUUUGGACCCCCGAGCGCCGUACACGAGGAUUCCAGAAAAAAGCACCGCAGCACCAGCAGAAGAAGCGGGGAGGAAGCUGAUGCAGCAGCCUGGAUCUCCCAUGCUCCAAGGUUUCCAUGGCCUCCCAGUGAACCAUCCUCAGCUCUCUUCCCUCGUUCUCAAGAGUCCCCUGGGCUUGAACCCGGCGUUCCAGGUGAACUUGAACGCAGCCGGCCAGGGUUCAUCUCCUCUCCUGAGCCCUGUGCUCAGCGAUGCCGGCGGUGCCAGGAUAGAGGAGGAGGACGAACUGAAACGGAAG